GAAAAAGGAAUUCUCGCGAUAGGUCAGUCUCCUCGUAUGCAAUGCAGCUCAGCGGCAGGGGCCUAGUGGAAUGUGAAACUACAAGUUUUGCUUCCACAAAUCUUUGACAACACCCGCCGCACUCGUUUCCGAGACACCGAGACUCUGCUCGGAAAUCAGACAUGUUUCGACACACGAGAGACGCGCUUUAAAAAAAAAAUGCCUCCCUAGGGGAUGAGACUCCGUAGGUCAUAUCAGUGUCUGCGGCUACGGGAUCGUUGACUGGCUUGGCUGCGUGUUGGGUCAGGAUGGCGCAUGGAGGACCCCCGCUUGAUCACAUCCUGCAGGACCUCAAGCAGCGCUUCCCUGAGAUCCCAGAAGGGGUAGUGUCACAAUGCCUUCUGCAGAACAACAAUAACCUAGAGCUCUGCUGCCACCUGCUGGCCCUGGAGAGUAAUAGAUACCUCUACGGCGAGUACCAUCACAGUCCAGAGGAGGGGCGCCUGAGUCGGAAUCACAUGCUACACAUUAACCUUGGCUACCAGGGCUCAGAGGCAAGCAAGCCCAACGGAGGGGCGGCGGCGGCAGGAGGACGCUCCCUGGUUCACAGCACGAGUGACAGCCACAUCGACCCCCAGAGACCCAACUACCCUGAGCCACUGUCAGCCCCUGCCGCCAUGGCUCCCUCCGCAGGCUACAAUCCUUUUUUCACGCACGAACAAAGCCGUUCAGCAAGCACUCCUACUCCUCCGCCAAUCCAGGGUAUGUCCCCAACGUUCUCCCCCGUCUCCCGCUACACCAUGAACCCUAUCACAGUUACGCUCUCGCAGAGUAUACCCAGUGCCCCCCAGGCGUUGCAGAUACCUCCUGGGCACUAUGCUAACAGCACCAACACCCUUUAUAUGCGACCCUCACCCUCCCAGAGCCCCCAGCCAUCACCAUGGUCCUCCUCAGGCACCCCUGUCUAUCACCAUCAGCAGUCUCCCUACAGCACCCCCACUUUUGGCUCCCCUUACAGUUCCCCCCAGCAUCAGGUGCAGCCUCAGCAGCCUUCCCAGCACCAGCAAUAUGUCUUCCUCCCCAUUAACUCACCGACCCUUCCGAGCAUGUCCUACCAUCACCAGCAGCCACCCCCACAGCAGCCCCCCGUCUACAGGCCCUACCACUCAAAAAGCUCCCUCAAGAACCAGUUAGAGAUUACCCUGGAAGGACCGCGGCCUUGCAGCAACUCCCCCGUGCACACGCCCCACCCCCAGGGAACCCUGUACAUGGCCACCAGUCCCUCACCCAGCUCCCCUUCCAGGGGGGUCACAAUGAGCGGCGCUCCGGGACCAACCCCCUUCCACCCGGGAAAGUACUUGCAUCAGGGUCCCGUACGGCCUCGGCCACCCUCCUCGCCUCAGCCGGGCCAGUCGGCGUACACCUUUAAAAUCAAAGUGUCCCCCGGAGGGCAGGCCCAGAGACCACCCAGCUCGCCUCCCGUGGCGGAGGCCGAGUCGCUUCUCAACAUAGUCGACCAGGGGGAGAACAGCGCUGCCCCUCCGCCCAUCCUGCCCAUCUCCGCUCUGCCGGGGAACUUAGCCAGUCAGUUUCAGAAGACGCACCGACGUUCCAGCUCAGGCUCCGACGACUACGCCUACACUCAAGCUCUCCUGCUCCACCAGCGGGCCAGGAUGGAGCGUCUUCUGAAGGAGCUGCUGAUGGAGAGGCAGAAGCUGGAGCAGUUGAAGUCGGAUGUCAACAACAUGGAAUACGAUGCCUUGCAGAGACGCUUUCGAAGGGUCAACUCUACCAGUUUUAUACCCAGACCUGAGGAGAUGACUCGAUUGCGGAGCCUUAACAGACAGCUUCAGAUUGAUAUCGACUGCACUCUGAAGGAGACAGAUCUACUGCAGUCCAGAGGGAAGUUCGACCCGCAGGCGAUGAACAACUUCUACGACAACAUUCAGCCCGGCCCAGUGGUGCCGCCUAAACCAGGAAGGAAAGACGGGGACCAUUGCUCCAAGCCAGCAGCAGUGCCUCAGAGGGAUGAGGACUUUGAAGGUGCUCAGUGGAGCUGUGACAGCUGCACCUUCCUCAACCACCCUGCGCUCAACCGCUGUGAACAAUGCGAAAUGCCACGCUACACUUGAGCUUCAAACGCCACACGACCCGUCCCUUUACCAGUCCUUGGAUAGCCCUCCAGAAUCUGGGAGGGUCUGGAGGAUGUCGCCUGUCAAUCAAUAUUUAAGACCCUUUUACCUGCUGAGGAAGAGCCACCAUCCCUCCCUGGUCACUCGUCAUGCUCUUAUCUGCUACUUCCGUGCACUUUGAUUUUAAAAACUUCUCCCCCCACCGGGGGGCUUGGAGACUCCAGUGGUUAAUAUAUUACAGACUAAGAAGCUCCCACUCUGGCAGUGAGUGUCACGGGGAAUCAGAAAGGUCAAAUUAAGUGGAGGAUGGAGUAGGAGGCGUUGUGGUUUACCUGCAAACAUUCCAUGCAGAAAGACUGACUGCCCUGUUUACACAACUGCAUCCAUUCCUGCUCUCAAAUUCAGGAAGGGUAUCUUAUUUCUCUCUCUGUCUGGCUGACGGUGGAAUAAUGGAAGGUAUGCAAGGUCUGACUAAUGCAAAUGUAGACUCUACACUGUAUUUAGCUCUGUUCAAGGGAAAGUGCACUUUUUUGGGGAAUUUUGCCUAAUGUGAGACAUGAAUACACGUCUUUCUCUUUUCUGUGCCUUCUAAGGAUAGAAAAACAGUAAAAAGAAAGCUGAGAAUGUACGUAUUGCUACACACCUAUUCCACCUAAAAAGCCUUCUGAAAAAAGCACCAUUUCUACGUCAGCUGCAUAUUAACCAAGCUACAGCAAAAUUGAUAUGAUUAUUAACAUUGUUACGCCCAGGAACUACCUUCCUGGCAUAGUGACACCUCGCCACACCACACCAGCUAGGUGCUAGAAACUAGCUUCACCACGCACUGGCCAAAGGUAAUGCUACAUAUUGGAGCUGUGUUUUUGUUUUUGAGGUGUUGCGUUCCUUUCUAUGUUGCUAUGUGAAAUCAAUGCACCCAGGAAGGAAGUUCCCAAAGUACUCCCAAGUAUUCCACGUUAGGAUGAAAGUACCUGUUACUACAUGCUCACAGCAUGGAUAGAAAACCACUGAACCUUGUUGGAGCUUCUUGGAGGUGUUUUCAUAGGCAGAAUAGGUGUGUUCCAUGACAUGAGCUGUCUCUUUUGACCCGUUAUUCUAUCUUUAGAAGGCACAGAAAAGAGAAAGACGUGUUGAUGUCUCACAUAAAGAUUGUGGAUGGGAAAAAAAAGUGCACUUUUCCUUUAAGAGCUGACAAAAGAACACUAAAAAACUUGCAUAGGAGUAUAUUCCUGGUACUUUUAUGCGUAUCCUGUCACCCUGUAUUACGUGAUGAAAUGGUUUCCUCUGCGAAUGCCUCAACUUGCUGUACUUAAUAAAGGAGCGGAUUCUACGUGACGUGACCAUUCUCGGCUGGAAGGUUGUAUCGUAGUCAGGAUCCCUCAUGCUUGUCACGGCAGCGGCGCUGCUACGGAUUACAUUCAUCCUACGGUUAUGAUGCUGCAGUUUCGUUGCUGAACGUUGAGAUUGCGAUUCUCAGGGACGAUUGCUUUCUCGUCGUCUUGUGCUGCUUGAAAGACACCCCCAGUGGUCUCCCAGCUGGUCUUCAUAGCAGGUCCCGGAAGAGCAGAAAGACUGAACCCAUCAAGCUCACAACGUGGCACACAUUCAUGUGAUAGCUCCUCAUGCGUGCUGAUGAGCCUCGUCGGCCAGGGCGAGGUGGCUCUGCUGCCCUGGUAGGCGACGCUCGCUGGGGGGAAAAGUGUUGGCCUUUGUGUGUUGGGGUUCAAACUUCAUGGGG